UUAAGAUACAUUAUAUUAAAUAAUAUUAAUUAAACCAAUCAUUCUGUUGAGCUCUCUUCAGGGUGCCUUUAUAUUUCAUGGAUCUUCACAACUUCUGUGGAUCUUCAACUAGUUUCUAGAAGCAUCAGAAAGGAGAUUGCAGGUUGCUGCAGGGAUCUGUGGUUUGGGCAGAAUCUGUGAUCAUGCAAAUGCUGUAGACGGUACGGUUUGUCUGGCUGAAAUAUCAGGUUAGGACAAGCUGAGUGUAUUCCUCAAAAUCUGCAUGUGUGACUUGGGUACAAUUGCAUAAUUUUGUUCCAGAAAUGGAGGUGGAAUGCCUAGGAAGAACUUGGAGUGACGCCCUUUUUCAAUCACAACACCUCCCUCCACUGUGCUCAGAUACUGGAGGGGCUGGCAGAUGUCAAUCUAGGCAUGAGGGCAAACAGAGUUUAAGCAUAUACAUAGCAGCUAGGCAUUUUGAGUUUGUUUGACAGCAUUAGAACAUGACUUCUUUAGUCCGGCAUGAAUGAUUACCCAGAGGUGGAGAGGUAAAAAAAAUCAUUGUAUAAACAAGGAGUUCAUCCCUAGUUUGUUCAUUCUUAUCUUGAGCUAAUUAAUAAGUAAUCUCAUAUCUCAGAAGGAAUAGGAAGGCACUAUUGGCUAAUUUCAUCCAUGUGCUUUGGAUUCACAGUAUAUAAAUAUGGAUGGAUUUACAGGUCCAACAUCAGGCUUUUCUGAAACUUCUCUUCCUCAGCCCACCAUGGAGCUCCUGGGAAUGACCACUAUUUUCUUGCUGAUCUGUAUCUCAUGCCUUCUUCUCAUCACCACAUGGAGAAAUAUAUCACAAAACAUGAAGCAGCCUCCUGGUCCCAUAGCACUCCCCCUAGCUGGAAACAUAUUCCAGCUGAACCCAAGGAACUUGCCUGAAAGCUUGAAGAAGCUUAGCGAGAAGUAUGGUCCUGUCUUCACAAUACAUUUAGGCCCACGAAAGAUUGUGGUGCUGUAUGGCUAUGAUGUUGUGAAAGAAGCUCUGAUUGAUCAGGCAGAUGACUUCAGUGGAAGGGGCAAUCUACCACUCCUUGAAAGACUCUUCAAAGGCACAGGUAUUGUGACCAGCAAUGGGGAGACCUGGAAGCAGCUCCGACGAUUUGCACUCACCACCCUGAGGGAUUUCGGAGUGGGGAAGAGGAGCAUUGACGAGCGAAUCCAGGAGGAAGCUCACUUUCUGGUGGAGAGGAUCAGGAACACACAUGCGAAACCCUUCAACCCUGGCAGAUUCCUGAUCCAUGCUGUCUCCAACAUCAUCUGCUCCGUUGUCUUCGGGGAUAGGUUUGACUAUAAGAACAAGGAAUUUUUGACUUUAAUUUGUUUGCUAGAAGAAAACAGUCAGCUCCAGAACACUAUACAAACACAGCUAUACAAUUUCUUCCCAACUCUCAUGGAGUUUUUACCUGGGCCUCAUAAAAAAAUGGUAAAAAAUAUUGAAGAAAUUGAUAAAUUUAUUUUAGAAAUCAUAGUACAACACCAGAAAACCCGGGAUCCUACUUGUCCUCGAGAUUUCAUUGAUGCUUUUCUUAACAAAAUGGACCAGGAGAAAGGGAAUGGUCACUCAGAAUUCACCGUUGAGACCCUGAGCAGAACCACACUCGACUUAUUCCUCGCAGGAACAGCGACCACCAGCGUCACGCUGAGAUAUGGACUUCUGGCUGUCCAGAAAUACCCAGAAAUACAAGAGAAAGUUCAGAAGGAGAUUGACCGUGUGAUUGGCCGAGACCGAAGCCCCUGCAUGGCAGAUCGGAGCCAGAUGCCCUACACAGAUGCUGUGAUCCAUGAAAUCCAGAGAUUCCUUGAUUUCAAUCCACUUAAUGUCCCACAUAGCGUGAUCAAAGACACCAAGUUCAGAAACUAUUUUAUUCCAAAGGACACAGUGAUAUUUCCUAUGCUGACUCCCAUCCUACAUGAUAGCAAAGAAUUUCCAAAUCCAGAAGAAUUUGAUCCUGGACAUUUCUUGAAUGCAAAUGGUACAUUUAAAAAGAGUCACUUCUUCAUGCCCUUCUCUGCAGGAAAACGCAUCUGUGCAGGAGAAGGUCUGGCCCGGAUGGAGCUGUUCAUAUUUUUAACAUCCAUCCUGCAGAACUUUACUUUGAAACCUGUUGUGGAUCACAAGGACGUGGACAUUACCCCAUUAAUUGCCAGUCUGGCAAAUGUGCCCAGACCUUAUGAGGUCUCUUUUGUUCCACGCUAAGCAAGUGAAGACCAUUGCCAGCUAUUACACUCAUGAAAGCUCUGGUUGAAUGACACUCAUUUCUCAAUCUGCUGAGACUGAAACACUCAGAUCACUGCUAGAUACUUUAUAGAGAGAAACAUGCUUAGACAAGAAAAUUGUAUGGUACUUUUGUAAUCACCACAGCCAGCUCUAAACAAGAGACAGAGUAGGCAAGUACAUAGGGAAGGAGACAGCUCCCUGUGCAAGAGAAGACAGGCUCUCCUCUGCGCCUACCUCUCCUACGUGAGGUUCCUACCUGGUUUCUGACAUCCUGCCAUGUCAGGGUGUGUGGACUGGUGCUCUGAGAGCACUGCUGCUGCUGUCCCUGUCACUUGAUCUUCUCAGCACUGCAGGACCAGACACUUGUACUCCAGGGUUUCCACAGACCCUGCUUCAGGUAUCUCUCUCUUCUGUACUUUCAGUUUGUUCAUCACCUGUUUAUACAGCAAAGCAUAAACCAGUGAGAUUUUUUCUGUUA